AUGUCGAAACAAACAUACAGAGUGUGUUGGUGUUUCAGUAGGGGAUUCAGACAGAAAGAAGCUGAAAUUCCUGCUGAAAUCAAAGCUUUAUUCGAAAAAUACUCUGAAAAUGGUGUAAUGACAGUUGAGCAUUUGCACCAGUUCUUACAAGAGGUUCAAGGUGAAGAAAAACUCACCCUCGAAGAAUCCCAGAAUGCACUGGAGUCUUUCCUUAAUCUCCACAAACAUCUUAACAUUUUUCACCGCAAAAAUCUGCAUCUCGAAGAAUUUUUUCAGUAUCUGUUGAGUGAUCUUAAUUUUCCUCUCCCAUCUCCUCCUAAGGUCCACCAAGACAUGACGGCUCCUUUGUCCCAUUAUUUCAUUUACACCGGGCACAACUCUUACCUAACUGGAAAUCAGAUAAGCAGCGACUGCAGUGAUUUGCCUAUCAUAGAAGCCUUACAAAGAGGUGUAAGAGUCAUUGAAUUGGAUAUGUGGCCCAACUCCAACAAAGAUGAUGUUGAUAUUCUUCAUGGAGGGACCUUGACAAAUCCAGUUGCACUCAUCAAAUGUUUGAGAUCAAUUAGAGACUAUGCUUUUGUAGCAUCUGAAUAUCCCUUAAUUAUAACACUUGAAGAUCAUCUUACUCCAGAUCUUCAAGCUAAAGUAGCAGAGAUGGUCACUCAAACGUUUGGGGAUGUACUCGUCUCGACUACACCAGAAUGCUUGUCAGAGUUCCCAUCACCGGAAUCAUUGAAGAGACGGGUUGUCCUCUCGACAAAGCCACCAAAAGAGUAUCUUGAAACGAAGAACGGAAAAGACGAAGAAAAUAGCAUUUCGAAAGUGAAGAAAUCAUCUGAGGAGGCAACAUGGGGAAAGGAAGUUUCUGAUCAUAUUGAUAGAUUGAAAAUCAAUGUUGAGAAUGACUUGGAGCAUGGAGAGUAUCAAGAUGAGGAAGAUCAACAGGAUGAUAAUCAUAAUUUACAGCAAAAUGCAGCACCUGAAUAUAAGCAAUUAAUUGCAAUCCGAGCAGAGAAAAUGAAAGGAGGAAUUAAAGCAUGGCUGAGAGUUGAUUCUCAAAAGGCGCAUCGCGUUAGCUUAAAUGAAGAAAAGCUCGAAAAUGCUGUCAAAACUCAUGGAACAGAUAUUGUCAGAUUCACACAGAGAAACUUGAUGAGAGUAUAUCCAAAAGCUUCAAGGAUUGAUUCAUCAAAUUUCAACCCCCUAAUCGGGUGGAUGUACGGAGCUCAAAUGGUCGCGUUUAAUAUGCAGGGACAUGGCAGGUCUCUGUGGUUGAUGCAAGGGAUGUUCAGAGCAAAUGGUGGGUGUGGUUACGUGAAAAAACCAGAUUUGUUACUUAAGGCUGGCCCGCAUGACGAGGUAUUCGACCCUAAAAAGCAUUUACCUGUGAAGAAAAUCUUGAAGGUGAAGGUGUACAUGGGAGAAGGUUGGAAUUUGGAUUUUAAACACACACACUUUGAUCUAUAUUCCCCACCAGACUUCUACGUCAAGGUUGGGAUUGCUGGAGUCCUUGCUGAUACAGUAGCUAAGAAAACAAAGGUCAUCGAGGACAACUGGUUCCCAGCAUGGAACGAAGAGUUCGAGUUCCCAUUGACAGUCCCAGAGUUGGCAUUACUUCGAGUUGAAGUUCAUGAAUUUGAUAUGUCAGAUAAGGAUGAUUUUGGAGGACAAACUUGUAUUCCUUUGUCAGAAUUGAAAACGGGAAUUCGAGCUGUACCUCUCUCCAGUCACAAGGGAGACAAGUACAAAUCUGUCAAAUUACUCAUGCGCUUCGACUUCAUAUAA